GUCAUAUCCGCAUAAUAGGCGCAGCUGAUUUGCUGUACCUUUUCAGGGUGGCUAGUGGUUAUGAUAGUGUGGACCGGAGAUCGUCUGAUGGUUGACGAAGUGUUCAGUGACUUGCGAGCGAGAAAACGCAGUGAUGCCUGUGGACGCCCGGGCCCUCUUGGCGGCCCUUGGGGCCCUUGUGUGCACCAUGUCCAUAUCGUUGCAUCGGAUAGAAGAGGGACACAUCGGCGUCUACUACAGGGGGGGGGCAUUGUUGAAGACAACGUCAAAUCCUGGCUAUCACCUGAUGAUACCGUUGAUAACAACGUAUCGUUCAAUUCAAAUUACGAUGCAAACGGACGAAGUGAAAAAUGUCCCUUGCGGAACUUCGGGAGGCGUCAUGAUCUACUUUGACCGCAUCGAAGUAGUUAACGUUUUAGCACGCGACAGCGUCUACGAGAUUGUGCGGAACUACACAGCUGAUUACGACAAGACGUUAAUCUUCAAUAAAGUGCACCACGAGCUUAACCAAUUUUGUUCGCGGCAUAACCUACAGGAAGUGUACAUUGAUCUGUUCGAUCAGAUUGAUGAAAAUCUUAAAACGGCGCUUCAGCGUGACUUGACAAUAUUAGCUCCGGGCUUGUAUGUUCAGGCUGUGCGAGUAACAAAGCCAAAGAUCCCUGAGACGAUUCGCCGCGAUUAUGAGGCAAUGGAAGCUGAGAAGACAAAGCUUCUGAUCUCGGUACAGCGUCAAAAGGUCGUCGAAAAAGAUGCUGAGACAGAACGAAAAAAAGCAAUUAUUGAGGCUGAAAAAAAUGCUCAAGUGGCUAAAAUUCAGCACGAACAGAAAAUUUCAGAACAAGAAACGUUGAAAAAGAUGAGCCUCAUUGAGGACGAAAUGUACCUAUCGAAGCAGAAGGCUUUGGCGGACGCGAAUUUUUACGCGAAAGAGCGCGAAGCAGCCGGCAAUGCUCAACUGCUCACGAAGGAAUAUCUUGAACUUCGCCGAUAUGAAGCCAUUGCUGCAAACAACAAGGUUUACUUCGGUAAGGACAUACCGAAUAUGUUCUACGAGACAUGUUCGAAAGAAGAGCAGCCGGUGACUAAACCAGUGUCAGUUAACAACAUCAGUAACAACAGCUAAUGCAUCACAGCAAAAUAUCGUAUGUUAUUCUUUCAGUCUUAAAAAAGGACGGGUGUAGUGCAAAUGGGGCGAACAUGACUGUAUUAAAAUUGUGACUCUUGUAAAAGCUGCACCGGUUUACAGCCGUAACGCUGUGAGUGCUCGCGAUUUCCGAGUGAUGAUGCGAGUCGUGUAUGUAAGGGUGACUGUAUAUGUGAUUUCAUUGAAUAAUCAAGCUUUUUUACAUGUAAUAUAAUAAAUAUAUACCA